UUCCUGGAAAAUAGAGACUUCGUUGAUAAACAACUGGCGUUUAGAGUUUGGAAACAGUACACCUUUUAUGGAUCAAAACUAAGGACAAUACUGUUGGCUAACUCUCCAUAAAAUGUAGUUUGCUAUGCAGCGGGCACUGCGUUGGUUUCUAGAGGUUCUCUGUCGCUAUUAGCUUAGCCAAGUUAGCUAACCUCGAUUAAAAGUUGUCCAAUGCUUGCUGCACGGUUUUCGGAUAUGGCCUGGUUCAGAAAAUGCUGAUAUGUCAUUUAUGAACGGAUAAUGCUGGUUAUGGAUCAAAAGACGACGAGGCUCGAAAGUCAACUGUGUAAAGCUGUGAACGAUGGAAACCCAAGAUCUGUGGAGCUGCUUCUUUCACAAGGUGCAUCCCCGAACCUGGUGGGUUGUAAAGGCGUGGCUGCAGUACACUUAGCUGUUGGCAAAGAGACCGAGAAGAAUACACGAUGCUUGAAAAUGUUGCUGCAACAUGGAGCAGACCCCAAUAUCAGGUCAUCAGAGGGCCUGACUCCUCUUCACAUUGCUGCGCUGUGGGGAUGUUAUCAAAAUCUGAAGCUGCUCUUGAUUAAUGGAGGGAACCCAAACAUUAAAGAUCAUGAAGGGAAUACACCAGGGCAGCUUGCAGAGCAACAGGAGAAUCGAAAAUGUGCCCAGCUCCUUCAGGAGUACCUGUGCAGCUCACUGGACACAGAGGAUGAUGACUUGGCUCAAUUUCAAUACUCUGUGUAUUCAGACCAAACAGACAUUUCCAGCUAUCCUGAAUCAGACUACAGCUUCAGUUCCCACUCUUCUAUGAUAAGUGACAUGGGUGAAGCCCCAUUGAGCAGCACAAGGCGCUCGUCAUUUUUCAACAUGUCCAACAUUAAUGGAAGGCCAAGCUGCAGAGGAGUAUCAUAUAACAGAUUUUCUGAUAUGGAUUCUAAGAAGCACCACUGGAGCAAUUCCUCCUCACACUGGGCAUCUGAAGGUCCCUCCAUACUAUCAAGCACUCGCAUGUCUGCAGUGGGACCUGCAGCAACAAUGCCGAUUCUAAAGGAGGAUGAUUUAUGUACAUAUGAUGGUGUGUUCACAACAAAUGCAAAUGGACAUGCUGCUACAACUGAUGGCAGAAUCUCCCCCUCCAGAAGAGAGACUCUCCUAUCAUCUCCCCCCAGGAGAGCGAGACGCAAGAGUGUGAGCUUCAGAGAAGUAGAUGAAUAUUUCCCUGUUUUUAGCCCUGAAUCUCCCAAAAAGCAGCCUGCUGGUGACGGCAGCGACUGCACCAGCAACUUACCUUUUGACCUAUCUGAGUACUCUGACUUCCUGGAUUCUGAACGCAUGGCGACUGUUUUCCACACACAGGGUAUUGAUGUCACAUCGCCGGAUCACGUUUAUGUUUUCUUGAGGGAGAGCAGUGAGAGCACAGAAGAGGACAUGGAGAAAACAGUCCUCAGUCACUGUGUUUUAGAAGAGAGUGAUGACGAUCAGGAGGCUGAACAUGUAAAAGAGGCUCAGGUGAAUGUACCUGAGCAGCCAGCCUGUUUCCGUGUUGGCAGCAGUAGCAGUGGGAGUGGUAGUGGUCAUUAUAGUAGCUGUGAGAGUGAUCAUUACACCAGCGCUCUGGAUGUUUCUCUUCACCCCACACAUCUUUUACUCCACGCGGUAGAGGAGGUUUCUACUGGGGCUGAAUCUAACAAAAAGAUUCAGAUUUCUACGGACUCUGAUUCUGAAUUGACAAGACAAGAUGAUAAUCUUGUAUCUUUUCAAACAGAACCGGAGCAGUUACCAGGUACGCUUGAUAAACUGGCCCAGUCUGAAAUAAAACACACAAACAUUGAUGAACUAGAGGCUUGUGGUGGUCCUGUUGUGGAAGGUGAAGGUGGCCGUGAUCAGCCAGCGGAUGAUGCAUCUGAAGCACUACAGGACAACUUCGACUUUCCAUUCACACCAAGUCCUUUUGUAACAGGCAGGACUCGCUCAAGGUUGAGUCGCUGCUCACUGAGAACAAGCAGAAACCCGGACAGCCUCCUGUACAUGUCUUCUCUGUUUGAAGAGUCCCUCCCCACACCGGUUCGAACACACCGCCAGACGCCCAAGUCUCAGAGCAGUAACGACUUUUACAAUUCACCUUUUUAUACACCAUCCUAUUUAGGAAGUACCACAGGAGGAGACUCCUUGCCUGCUGAAUGCCAGGACACGCAAUCCAGCACCCUCAGAGCUGGUUCAAGUGUUAGCAAUAGCCAAGCAGACACUCUCAUCCUCUCCAAGAGCGUGACUGACUCUGCUGAUUCACAGACUUUGUCUGACACAGUGAUACUGGAGCAAAACCAGGACUCUUCAGUGGCUUCUUAUGAAAGAAACCUUGCAGAGAUUAUUCUGGCCAUGCAAGGCCAUGACCUAGCUGAAGGCAGGGAGUUUUUGACCGAUGAUCUGACAAGUGCAGAUGAGGCAACAUCAAAGCGAAACGUAAAUGAAGCCCCAGAACAGGACAAAGCAGACAGCCUCACAAACAAAGAUGCCGGGAUCAUGGAGGACUGUAGCUCUCAGCCAGACUCUGUAUCUUCGUCAUCCAGCUACAGCUAUUUUUCCCCAAGGAGGUCCAGUAAGGACUCUGACCCUCCUGGCACUCCAGGCACUGGAUGUACCCCCAGGUACAGCAUGAGUCGGCUGUCGAGCUGCCACAGGCCACAACGCCUGGCCAACCUGUCUUACACACCUGGAGGGCGUCCAUUCAUUCAAGAUCUGCAGGAACCGGUGGAGUACCUCUACACUGAUAUGGAACAGGGCCACAAGCUGAUUGAGACCCAUGUCCCACCUAUGGCAAACACCUCACUCAGCUCCAGCAUGAGUAGUAGCAGCAGUGAGGAGACCAUCCUUUACGACUGGAGCUCCAUGCAGACUGACAUGAUGAAGAACAGAGGAAAGGAGAACCAGAAACCAGAGGAGGCGCAACAUAAGGAGGAACAUGAUGAGCACAGUUUGUUGCCGGAGACCCAAGGGAUGACUGACAAGGAGCUGAGAUUGAAGCUAGUAGCGCUGGGGGAGAGCCCAGGCCCUAUCAGCAGCCGCACCAGGCCCACCUACAUGCGAAGACUGCACCGCCUGUUGCAGGAGUCAAACUCCCAAACACAUCAGCGAAAGCAAUUAGACCAGCCACAAACAGAUUUAGGUUAUAGUCCAGAAUUGUGUCUGGCCCUGCGGACCUUCGAGCUGCCUGAUUGCCAGGCUGACGAGCAGGCUUUUAGCCAGCAGUUUGACCGACCGGAUGAAAACAGAAAGUGGAGGGAGGGCAUCAUCAAGUCCAGCUUCAACUACCUGCUGCUCGACCCAAGAGUGACGAAAAACCUCCCAUUCCGCAGUCACACCAUGACUCAGCAGGAGUGUUUCCAGACGUUUAUCCGCGCUAUAUUUUAUGUGGGCAAAGGAAAACGCUCUCGCCCGUACAGCCACCUGUAUGAGGCUUUAGAGUACUACAAAGGAGACAAGACCUCCAAGAAAUUGUGCCCCAAGGUGCAGCACAUCCUUCAUGUGUGGAACGCUGAGCAGGGCGUCAUCUCUCUGCAUUGCUUCCAGAAUGUCAUUCCAGUGGAGGCAUACACAAGAGAGGCCUGCAUGGUGGAGGCCAUCGGUUUGAAAAUGCUCACCAAUCAGAAGCGAGGGGAUUUUUAUGGCAUGGUGUCCAACUGGCAGGUAAAGAAGAAACGGGAGCUAGGCGUCCACCUGCUCUACCGGGCCAUGCACAUCUUCCUGGCCGAGGGUGAGAGACAGCUCAGACCAGCAGACAUCAGACAGUAGUGUGCCACAACAUAUUAUUCAAGAUAAUAUCUGCAUCAUUUGCAAUAUUCUAUAUAUUUUUUAAAAUCCUGUUGUGAUAAUGCCAGUAUAACCACUUGAUGACGUAAUGACAUCAUACUACAACAACGCACAACAACAAGCUUGGCUGAAAGCCAAAGUAAAAUUGCUGCUGGCUCCACGGCAUCAGAGCUGUUUCAACAAAGGGGGCCGACUACAGAGGUGUGGGAGCGGUUUGAUUACAAAAGAAGACAACAAAAAGGGGCAAUAUGACAAACUUAUUUCACCACCUCAAGCAGAAGCUCCUGGUUGAGUACAAGGAGAGCUCAGCAGCUACUGUGAGUUCUAAACCAAGCUGACAAACUACACUGGCUCAGCGUAGCAGCGCAGAAUCUUUUCAAAGUUGUCCUCUGUAUUUUGUUAUAUUAUCAGGAAUGUCAUUAUCGCAGAAGUCCCCUAAAAUAUCAUGAUAUUAUCUUGGGGCCAUAUCGCCCAACCCUAGCAGUGACCCCCCACUGGAAGGUAUGAACAGCAACAAAACACUCACACACAGAUGGGAAAAAGCCACUAGUUUGCUUACAAAGCAUACUUUCUUUAAACAAUGUUGCACUUAAAAGUUGGGGUUUGCAACAUUAAGAUCCACUGAGCUGUUUAAUUGUCUUUCUGCUAUGAAUGAACUCUCCGUCCCUCAGCAAUAUACAGUGUGUCAAACAUAUGACAUCCUCUGCUGAUUUUUACAUCUUUGCACUUAAGAUUAUCUUAACUGUCUACUUAAAGAUUCCAUUUUUGGAACUGUGUUAAUAUUGAAACUGUCUGUUUUUUUGUUUUGAUUAAUUUCUUUUUUGGUUAUAUGACUUGUUGUUAAAAAAAUGCAUUGCAGGCAACCAAUGAUAUGAUAGUGUCCAAUAGUAAUAUGUGUUUGUAUGUGUAUCAGUAUAAUGAGAUGUGUGCUUAAGUGUGUCUGUAGUGCAAUGUCAAGAUCAAUGGACUGUUCACAUAAUUGGUUUACACUUGUAUUUGGUGUCAUAAUUACAGAAUUUAGUUUGCUAGUAAAAUCAGUGAGGCUUUAUUAAGAUCUUUAUCAGUCAAGGAAAUCUCAAAUUGAAGACACUUUUUUCUUGAAAAGUUGUCCAUCAGUCUUAUCUCAUGGUCCACGUGUUGACGUCCAGGGCACUGAGCUUCAGAACCAUUCAUUAUCUCCUCAGGGUAAUAUACUUGAUCAGUUAUCUGGAAGCUGCACAUAUUGUUUAUUUCACGCAAAAGGCAUUAAUAAUAAUAACAAUUUGAAACAUUGUUUUGUAUUUCAGAGAUAUAUUUUUUUACAUCCCAAUCCCCAGGUUGAAAAAAAAAAAAAUCAAAGCAUGAGAUCAUCAUAAUUAUUUCAUUAAUUUUUUGAGAAGAAUCACAGACAAUUAACUGUAAAACCACGAAUAGCAUGGUUAGGUGUACAGACACAUUUUGGUUUUCAUAGCUGAAUAAAUAAAGCUCCUUCAUCAUGUUGGAUAUGUUUUUUUGAUCAAUUGUCAAAUUGUAUGUCAGUCAUGUGUAAUGAUACAUGAAGUGAAGUGCACUCAUUCAGCUCUACUGUCACUGCUAUCUUUUCUAUCCUCUUUAGUUUGCAUUAAUGUAAAUGUUGUGAAAAUACAUGUGAGAAACCUGAGCUGGAUGACUGGUUCCUGUCAUAUCCUGUUCUCUGGUGUCCCUCUAGUGGACAAAGGUAGUCAUUAAUUUUGUUCCUCAGUUGUGAGUUAUUGUCCUCAUGCAGUAAUCGGUCCUCAUCCACCGUGAGUCAUCAGAGUUUAGUAUCAAUAUUGUAAACAGUUAUUUUGUAGAGAGCUGUUUUUAGGCCUCAUAACCCUAUUUUAAGUUUAUUUUUAAUAUUUAAAUCUGCAAAUCACUCAGAGACAAUGUCUAUAAUUGUGUAAAAGUUUGGCUUUAGUGCGCCAUAAAGCCUUUUGCUUUGCAAGAAUUAAGAUUCUUUUUUCUCGUUAACAUGAGGGCGUCUAAUUUGGUAACAAUGGUUUUCAAUUGCUGUUAUCAUGACUCACUUUCAUAGAUCUGCAGCCUCCUGCUAGUGGUUAGCCAAUGUUUU